GGCAGUCGAUCACCGAUAGAUCCAGUCGGUCCAGGCGCGUGCAGUCGAUCGCGGGCAGCUCGAGCCGUCAGCACGGAGCGGCGCUGCGCUGCUAGCUUAGCCGCUCGCCGGAGGAGGAUCCCGGGCAGCAGAACCACGAUGGAGGCGCAGCGAAGGGCAGCGGCGUAGUUUAACCUGGAAGCCGGACUGAGUGAAAAACACAAGCGCCUUGCAUGCGGUAACCGAGCACCGAGCAGGACAGCACGGUCCGCAGCCAUGAAGCGGAUUCGCACGGAGCAGAUCCAGUACGCUGUGGCUCAGUACCUGAAGAGGAGGCAGUACGUGGACACCGAGGGCUCGCUGAAAGGGGCGAAACUCUCCCAGACGGCCGAGGAGAUGGCUGCCAGCCUCACCGUCCAGGCGGAGUCGGGCUGUGCCAACAUCGUCUCUGCUGCUCCUUGCCAGUCUGACCCGCAGCAGUAUGAGACACAAUAUUCCAGACUGCGCACCUUCCUCUCAGAAGCGGAGGUGCCUUGGGCCAAGGAAGUAAGCAGCAUCCUCUACCCGCUCUUUGUGUACCUACACCUGGACAUGGUGCGCUGUGGCCUGAAGGGGGCAGUAGAUGGUUUCUACAGCCGUUUCCACGGUGCUUUCCUUCAGGACAGCGAGCAGCGUGCGACCAUUGAGCAGCUUCGCCACGUUCUGACGGCGCAGGACGUCACAGCCAAUCCCAAGCUGAGUGCCUUCCUGGAGCACAAGUACGUGGUUCACCUGACGGAGCCAGCCUACAGCUACCUGCUGCGCUACCUGCAGAGUGAGGACAAUAGCGCCCUCUGCAGGGCUCUCAGCACCCAUGUGCAGGUAGAGGUCACCGCCUCGAGGCGCACGGACUACCAACUUUAUGGGGCGGCCUGCGGACCCACUGCCGCCCCAAACACAACCUCAUCCUGGGUGGGAGUCGAUGGGGCGGAGGGAGGGGAGGGGGUCGAGGUUCCAGCCGGGAUCCCGCAGAACGAGGCGGCUCUCGAGGCUCUACAGGACUGCAUCAAGAAAGUGCGUGAGGGCCCGCCAUCACUUACGACCGUGUGUUUCUACGCCUUCCACCACACGGAACAGCUGCUGAACACUGCCGAAGUGUCCGCUGACAGUCGGCUGCUCGCCGCCGGGUUCGACAGCUCGACGGUGAAGCUGUGGAGCCUCAGGGCCCGGAAGCUGAAGGCCAAGCCGCAUCAGGCCGAUGUGUCACGGGUCCACCUGGCCUGCGACUUGCUGGAGGAGGAACUGGAUGAGGAGGACGGCUCUGGCAGUGAGAUCAAGACGCUGCGUGGCCACAGCGGUCCGGUGUUUCGCACCGCCUUUCUAACGGACAGCUCGGGCCUUCUGUCCUGCUCCGAGGACACGUCCAUCCGCUACUGGGAUCUGGGCAGCUUCACCAACACGGCGCUGUACCAAGGUCACACCUACCCAGUGUGGGACGUGGACGUCAGCCCCUGCAGCCUCUACUUCGCCAGCAGCUCCCACGACCGCACCGCCCGCCUCUGGACGUUCUCCCGCACGUACCCGCUGCGGCUGUACGCCGGCCACCUGGCCGACGUGGACUGCGUCAAGUUCCACCCCAACUCCAACUACCUGGCCACCGGCUCCACAGAUAAGACUGUGCGUCUGUGGAGCACCCAGCAGGGGGCGUCGGUCCGCCUCUUCACAGGCCACCGUGGCCCGGUUCUGUCCCUGGCUUUCUCGCCCAACGGGAAGUACCUGGCUUCCGCCGGUGAGGACCAGAGGGUGAAGCUGUGGGACUUGGCCUCGGGGACGCUGUUCAAAGACCUGCGAGGCCACACAGACAGCGUCACCAGCCUGUCCUUCAGCCCGGACAGCAGUCUGGUGGCCUCGUCGUCCAUGGACAACUCGGUCAGGGUGUGGGACAUCCGAAACUCCCACGGCGGGACGCCGGCGGACGGCUCGUCCAGCGAGCUCGUGGGACUGUACACUGGAAACACCAGCAACGUGCUGAACGUCCAGUUCAUGGCCUGCAACCUGCUCCUGGUGACAGGAACCGCACAAGAAAAAGCAGAACAGUAGCCGACGGCCAUCUUGUUUCGUGUGUUUAUUUGUAAAAGAAACACGUCAGUGUGUCCUUUUUUUGUUGUUGGUUUGUUUGAAGAAAUGGUCACCAUGUAGGCAGAUUGUCUCUCUCAUGUUUUCUUCCCUGAGCCAACCACCAAGAGCUGUGAGCAGAGGUCAAAAGGUCAUUUGCCAAACUGAAGUUCCAUUCACUUCGUUCAGAGUUUUUAUUUUCAGUAGUACUUCACAUAGGAAAAGGGUUUAGUAUCAUCAAUUCACUUUAACAGAUCAAAUGGAGUCUAGAUAAUCACGUGUAGAAAAGGCAUCAUUCUGACCUGGUUGGUAUUUUCUAGUUGCAAGAAGUGCUGCACUCGUUCUCAGUAUUGAAGCAUUCAUCACUUUCUCGUAUUGCUGAUGUCAGAUUUGGCUGUAGACUGGCAUGACGGGGCUGAUUUAAGGGUGUAGAAUAUGGUAUCUAGUGCCUUGGUGGUCAACUGCUGUUUACUCUUUUCUCACGCACAAGUUUUCUAUGAUCGAUGAGAAGCGCUUCUAAAUGUGACUGUGUGAAGGUGUUGUUGCUGUGGGGUAAAGCAAAAUCACAUACCUCCGAAAAGAAUGCAUGUAUUGUAACUGAAACGCAGUAUUGUAUUAGUCAAACGGGGCGUUUAACAAGCUGAACGCAUAACGACCAGGGAAACUUUCAGUCGAGCGACAAAAAAACACUCAAGUUCUGUGGUACGGUUGCAUGUAGAUGCUUAGCUGCGUCUUCACUUUCUUUAGAUUGUGGAAAUAUAAAUGUGAUUAAGUAUUUUGGAGUAAAACCAGCUGCUGGACACAUCGAGUAUCCAGAGCAUUUGGAUCUCCUUCUAACUGUGGAGUUGUAACCUCUUUUCCGCAAAUCAUAUUUCAGUUGUCUCGACGUUCAGAGUUCCUUGUUGCCUUUAAUUCUUCAUUUUUGUGCAUCUCCCCUCCCCUCCAUUAUUAAAGUGUAUUGACCAAGUGACAUCAGUAGGCUUCACAGCUUUCUUUAAGUUCAUUUCAUAGACAUGUUUCAGUUUUAAUAUUCAGUCCUUGUGGCGUAUGUCGGGUAAAUUGUUAAAUACAGCUUGAAAGCAGACAGGUGUUGUCCAGUACCUGCAUAAAGCACAUGGUUCAGGGAUGAAGAGAAGAAUGUCUGGUUCUGUAUUGAUGCCUGUGGAGUUUUGAAACUAUAAUUUGGGGUUUCCCAAGGUCUCAAGGGACCAAAAACCUCACCAGUGAGCGUUACAUCUUGAAAGGAAUCCUCCAACGUUUUGCGCAAAAUCCCCUUUUUACGACUUCCUGAAGAAAUAAGGUUUAUAUUUUCACUUUGACAGAGCUAGGCUAACGACUCCCAUAGAAUUCAAGUCUUUAUGCUAAGCUAACACAAAAUGCUACCCAGAGGAACCAAACCACCGGAUGUACAGAGGUGAAAAUAGUGUCAAACAUCUUCUCUCAGUCUGGGGAAGUCGGGAAAAGGGGAUUUUUCCCAAAACGUUGGCGUAUUCUGUAAAUGAGUGGUGAUGAAAACCAUUGUGACGCCAGGUAUGUUGUUUUCCCCACAGCAGCAGCAGGGGGCGCUGUGGCUCUGACUCUGGAACAGCCUGGCUAUUUUGGGUAGAAAGUGUAAAUAGCCUCGUCAAGGAAAUUUCUAAAGAUCAAUGGCUGUAUUUUUUUCGCACUAUUCCGCGAGUGGCAUUAUUUGUACAAUGCUAAGAAAAAAAAGUGUAAAUAUAUUUUUGUAAUAUCUUGGCUACCUUUGUUUUGUUGUUUUUCUAUGUCAGGAGAGAGUUGCGUUCUGAUGCACGUGUUUCUAUGUGGGGCGCAAAAAAAAAGGUUUGAGAAAGGUUUCAGUUCAAAUUCAUGUGUUGUUUUUUUUCUUCUUCGUUUUGUUUUCUUACAGGAAAAGGUCUGAUGGCUCCACCUCACAUGAACUUAGUCCACCGCCGACUUGUCCUUUUUUAUGUUUGUCAGCAAACUUAUGUUUCCUCCUGUUGCCCAAGACAAUAAAAUAACAGAAUUUAUUUGAACCUA